AGCAGCAGCAGCAGAGCCUGGCUCUCCUUCCCAGUAGGGGCGGCAGGUGGCUCCAGUCCCUUCCUAGCCUUGCCCUCUCUCUCUCUCUCCCGGCCGGGAUGGCGGUGCCUGAGGCUCCUCCUGGCCGCCCCCGCCGCCGCCGCCGCCGCUGCUCGGUGGAGCUGGCCCCCGGCUCCUUGGCCCUGGUGCUGCGCCGCCUGAAGGAAGAAGGAGGAGGAGGAGGAGGAGAGGAAGGCGGGGAGCAGGAGGAGGAAGGAGAGCGGGUCUUGGGCGCCUUCCUGAGGGCCAACGCCGCCUGCCGCCCCCGGGGCUGGGAGGGCGCGGGGCAGGUGCGGCUGCAGGGCUGGCUCCGGGGAGGCGUCCUCCUCCUCCAGGGGAACCCCGACGCCCUCACGGCCCUCCGAGGGGCAUGGCUCCGCAGGGCGCUCCGGGCCCCACCGGGAUUCCGCAUCAGCGCCCUCGGUGAUGUCUCUCCAGUGCAUAUGAAUCCCAUUUUACAAUCCCAGUUUGUGCCUUUGGCAGAAGUCUUGUGCUGUGCUAUAUCUGAUAUGAAUGCCGCUCAUAUUACUGUUACACAGGAAACCUUACUGGAUCAAUUGGGGAAACACUACCCAGGAAUUGCAGCUCCCACCCGUGACAUUCUAUACAGUAUGCUUGGAAUGCUAAUUAAAGAAAGGAAGAUAUAUCACACUGGGGAAGGAUAUUUCAUAGUGACCCCAAAUACAUAUUUCAUUUCUCACGAUACUAUGAAGAGCAACAAGAGGCUCUUGCUGGAAGACGAUUGCCCUCCGGAACCUUCUGUUACAUACCUUGUUAGCAUGGAGGCUAGAGAGCCUGUCCAAGAUCAUUUGCCUGUUACAUCUCACUGCAGAUCCUGUCAUUGUUUCCCUGAGCACACCGCCAGGAAUGAACAGAGGCCUCAGCAGCUAAUGAGCCAUGAACCUAAGGAAAGAAUCCAGAAAGGGUCUUGUGAAUCCAGAGUUACAGUUCAAAAUCCAGCCUCUGAUACACUGGCCGGCAACCAAUCUUGUGCAGCUGUUUGUUCUGUAAAUUCAAUGAAAGAAAAAGAGAAGGUGAAAAAGUUUGGUCUUAGUCUUUUCUGGCGUAGCACCUCUAAGAAAGAAAAGUCUAAAAAAACGCAUUCUUCAUUUUCUGCCCAGUUUCCUCCCAAAGAAUGGCCAGUCAGAGAUGAAGAUAAUUUGGAUAACAUCCCACGUGAUGUUGAACAUGAAAUUAUUAAGCGCAUUAACCCUGUGUUGACAGUGGACAACUUAACUAAACACACAAUGCUGAUGCAGAAAGUAGAGGAGCAGAAGAAAUAUAUCAGUAAAGGAACCUCUACAGAAGUGUUGACGAAGAAGCAGAAACAUCCUUCCAAAGGAUGCACCCAGAAAAAACAAAGUAAAGCUGCAAAGCAUCACAGGAAAAUCCAAUCCAACAAAGAAAAACAAAUUAGCAUGACACAGAGAGACUUUAAAACUGAUGAAGUAACACCAGCAAAAGGCCAAGUGGAUAACACUGGUGAAUAUCCAUGGUCCUGUAUUACAAUUGAAUCUGGCAAUAAACACUUGUCUGGAGAUGCAACAGAAGUUGACUCUGACUUCAUAUACAAAAAAGAAAUUAAUAAUCCAUUUCAGGAUAUUCCUUAUAGGAGGAAUAAGUCAACAAAAGAACACAGAAAGCACAAAAAUCGUGAUGUAAAGUCCAAAGUUUCUAGAUCAGAGAGGAGUUUUCAAAGAAUUACACAUUCCUCAAGAAUUAGGGACUGUAAAAUCAAACAGUCACUCACAGUCACAUGUGAUGUUGGCGAUGACAAGAAGCAACAACUGCAUUGCAUACAAUGCCGGGGUUUAGAAAGAGAUGGCAAACACGGAUGCUUGAGGAAGAGUGCAGCUUGUAAACACAAUUUUCAUGGAGGGAUGAACCCUAAAAAUAUGGCAGAGAUCCAGGUAGCUCCUCACACUUAUGUUGCUCUCACAAAUGAAGGAGCAGAGAAAACAUAUGCAGGGAAUUCCAGUCGAACUCCCCUGUGUGAUCAAGCAGGCGCAUAUGGCUUAAUGGGUCAAAAAGCAGGUCAUUUACAAAAUGUUUGUUUUCCCAUUGAUAUAGAUGAUGUACACCUGUUGAAACCACCUGAAAAUAUUUUUGCUCACAGACAAAGUAAUGAUUUAAAGAAUUCACUUAAAUCUGCUAACACUAGCAAAUGGCUUGAGUCUAUUAACCUACAAUAUGUAGAGGCUCCAUGUCAAAAAGUAGGUGGUGAUGAUGAUGCCUGUGCUUCUUUGUAUGAUGAUGAUGAACAGCAGCAACAUAGGGAGUCAUCCAUGUUACAGUCCAGCCAACGCCCAUACAGUUCUUCAGAUAAAGGAAAGUGGACUAAUGUAAAAGAAGAACUGGGUAUUGAAGAGUACAGAACUAGGAUGGACCAGGUUGAUAUAUGUAAGAAUGAUGAAAAUGAAUUUCUUAAUCUUUCUAGAUCAAAGGAUAGCUUAAAGGAAUAUCAGAAUAUAAGCCUUGAAGGAGGAAAUUGUGUUUGCCAACAAAUACCUCUGUUUGCCUACAAAGCGAAUGAAGAGAGGAAUGAUGUUUAUGAUCACAGGCCGACGUCCAAUAGUGUUGAACCCUGUGUGUUUGACUUCUAUGAUGUGCAUGAAGCAGAGACCAGAAUUUGGCAGAAGUCCCUCAAUGAAAUAGGUGGAAAAUUAGCAUCUCUGACACUGCCACCAAAAGGCUGGGAAAUUAAGUCAAAUUCUGGGGGAAAGGAACAUUCAUUUGAUGACACAAAUGACAAUGUGGUUCUGGAUCAGAAAGUCCAGCAUGAGCGAAACCACUUGGAAGGAACAGGAAAUCACAGCAUAACAGGAGAUAGUGGGAUAGAUUCUCCCAGAACGCAAAGUAUGGCAUCUGCGAGUUCUGCCAUCUUGGAUGGACUGAAGAAAAGAAGAAGUUUCCUCAUGAAUAUUGAGGGCAUAGAGAAGACUAUACAGAAUGGAAAGACUCUUACUUGCAGUUCCUUGCUUCAGUUGACUCCAGUUAUGAACGUUUAAUUUUUUUCUCAUCAGGUUUUGAGAUUUCCUUUGUAAAUAUGUUCAUAUCUUUACUGUAAAUAGUUGUAAACUAUCAGAUUUGUUAAAAGUAAAUGAAAUUGUUAUAGUCUCAUUUGAAAAUGUAUAAAAGCUUUGUAAUAAACAUUUUGCAGUGUCUUUUUGUAACUUUGUGGUAAUACUUAUAUAGUAAAAAC